AUGCAAAGCACUUCUGAGAUUAACCUGUUUGGUUUAUGGGCUUAUGAUACAAUCUGGGCUUUAGCUAAGGCUGUAGAAUUGGUUGGACUGGAGGUGAAUUAUUCUAGUGAUGUUUUAAAGCACAAGACUGAUAGCAAAAACACAGAUGAAAUGUUUGGCAUAACUGUCUCUAAAGCAGGUCCAAGGCUUCUCCAAGCUUUGCUGCCUACCAGUUUUCAAGGCCUAAGUGGGAAAUUCCAAUUGAUUAAUGGACACUUGCAACCUGCGGCCUAUGACAUAAUCAAUGUGGUCCGUAAAAACGAGACAGUUAUUCGAUAUUGUUGGACUCCGAACAAAGAAGCAUUUCAAGAUUUAGUUCAAAUUUCUAAUGCAGCACUAUCUGGCCUGGAAACACAAGUACUCCACCAAGACUGGUCUCGUCAUACCAAUGAGCCUAAGAUCUCAGGGUUCUCAAUCGAUGUCUUUCGGGAGAAAUUUGAUGCUGUAGUGGGAGAUACAACAAUUGUUGGCAAUAGGACGUCCUACGUUGAUUUUACAUUACCUUAUUUUGAAUCGGGCAUUCGGAUGGUGGUGAAAGUUAAAGAUAACGAAAGAAAGAAUAUUUGGAUUUUCUUAAAGCCUCUUUGGUUGACAUCAGCCGGCGCCUUCAUCUUUACAGGCAUUGUAAUAUGGAUUCUUGAACAUCGCAUAAACACAGAAUUUGGAGAUGGUUCACGAAAGCAACAACUUGCCACAACUCUUUGGUUCUCUUUUUCCACUCUUGUAUUUGCACAUGAGGAGAAGGUGGUGAGCAACUGGACCAGAUUUGUGCUGAUCAUAUGGAUUUUUGUGGUUCUCAUCUUGACACAGAGUUACACUGCUAGCUUAGCCUCAUUGUUGACUGGAGAUAAGUUGUAUCCAGCAGUUGUUGAUGUGAAUGAGCUCAGACAAACUGGUAAGUAUGUUGGAUACCCCAAGGAUUCCUUUGUAAGUGACCUGUUGUGCCAGUUAGAAUUUGAGAAAACAAAGCUGAAGGCUUAUGCUUCCUCAAAGGAAUAUCAUGAAGCAUUGUCCAAAGGAAGCAAAAAUGGAGGGGUUGAUGCUAUCUUUGAUGAAAUUCCCUACGCCUUCCCACAAGGCUCCCCACUUGUUGCUCAUGUUUCAAGGGCAAUCCUGAAUGUGACUCAAGAUUAUAAGGAAAUGGAAAAAAUGCAACUCAAUUAUUUUCCAGAUGAAACCAAAUGUCAUGACGCAAUUUGUUUCCUCCACAAAUACUGGCCUGCUUUGAAUUCCAUCCAUCCAGAAGCCUCCCUCUUGUCAAAAUUGGCGAAGUGUUUUGACCGAAAAGACAGCACUCUGUUUGCUUUAGAGCAAACCAGUCAAGCAACUCAUGUACAUGCUGCUUCUGCAACAAAUGCUAGAGCUGAUGCUGCUUCACCAGAUGCUAGGGACAACAUGCUGAGCAAUGCAAUGUCUUCCAACCAGGGAUUGCACAAUGUCACCAUAGACGACGAAGAAGAUAUGCCUAUACAUUCUAUGGAUUUUGGGCGCUUCUCCUAUAGUUGUGCAUGA